AUGAAUUUCAACACCAAAUCUUUUCUUCUCCAUCUUCUCUCGGCCUCUACGGCUCUAGCAGGUGUAAUCCCUGUCACUACUCCAACACCCACUCUCUCCCCUAGCAAAGUCACCCUCGCACCGCGAGAAGACGAGCCCACAGCAGCACCAAAGAGCAUCUUCACAACGACAGACCACAUUACCAUCGGCGGUGUGACAAAUUCACAUGUUACGAUCCCUGGGCACACAAUCGACAUUGCCAUCCCCACUUGCAAACAAACCAUUACACCUGAUGAGAACGGCUACGUCCCACCGGGAACUUGUGGUGCUAUUUGGCACUACUAUCCCAGCUUUGCUGCCGCUUUGACAUUUGCCUUUUUGUUCGGUGGUUUGAUGGUCCUGCACAUAUGGCAGGCUGCCAAGUACAAGAAGAGGUGGUGCUGGGUCAUUAUCAUGGCGAGUAUCUGGGAGAUGAUGGCCUUCAUCUUCCGAGCUCUAAGCACCAAGGACCAGCAGAGUAAGGGUAUCUACUUGGUCUUCCAGAUCUUUAUCCUUCUUGCACCAAUUUGGGUGAAUGCAUAUGCAUAUAUGACACUCGGCCGAAUGGUCUACUACUUCCUCCCCUGGCGCUCCAUCCUCGGCAUGCCAGCUGCCACACUCGCCGCAAUCUUUGUCGGUCUUGACAUUGUCUCCUUCAUUGUCCAACUCAUUGGCGGCAGCAUGGCAGGACCCGGCGCGCCUCCCCAGGAGCAGCAGCGCGCGAUCCAUAUUUACAUGGGCGGCAUUGGUCUUCAAGAGUUCUUUAUCGUGCUCUUUGUCGGUCUUUGCAUCCGAUUCCAGACAAAGAUGCACAAGCUCAAGGGCCCUGGAGGUUUCAAGGACUUUAUCACUUCGUCGUGGGGCAUGCUCAUUACGGCGCUGUACUUUUCGCUCGCCAUGAUCUCGAUCCGAAUCAUCUACCGACUGAUUGAGUUCUCCGGCGGAAUGGGAGAAGACAACGCUCUCGUAACCCACGAGAUCUACUUUUACCUCCUAGAAGCAGUCCCCAUGUUCUUGGCCCUUCUGGUCUUCAACUUUGUCCACCCUGGACGCAUCAUGACUGGACCUCACUCCGACAUGCCUGGUCUCUUCUCCAUGAUCAAGAACAAGCUGUCCAGGAACAAGGGCAAGGAGCUCCUGGAUGAUCAGAGCGACAGCGAUGUCGAGUUGCGACAGGAGUGGCAGAUGCCUCGAGCGGUGGGUCACUACAGCGACUCACCUGCGAGGGCAUAG